AAACGAUCGAAAACACAUCGCUCGUCUGGAACGCACACAGACUAGCUCAUGGGUGUGAAGAUGAACGAUUGGCUGACCCUCCAGAUUGGGUCCGGACCUUACAGGACAUCUGUCGGCAACUGGCGUCCGUUGUCGUUCCCUAGGACCAAGACCUUGUCGCUGAAGCUGAAAAUCGAAGAAUUGCACCUGCUGUUAAGAAGUCAGGGUCGCAAUUGACUAUCUGGCACCUCAGGCUAGUUGUUUUGGUGGCAAAUUAAGCAAGUUCGGUCCGUGAAGCGCGCAACUAGACAAGCGCCACACAAGGUUGAGACUUCCUCAAUUCUACACAUUUCUGUACAAUUGUUUCAAUCCCGCAUUGGGCGUUUGCGCAUCACCAUCGCGAGUCGAAUAACCCACAAGUAUUUCUUUCUUAUGAAGAUGUGCUAAGGUACGACGGACUCGCAGAAUAUCGCAAGGGAUCGGCACGGCAUGUCGACAAACACGCAAGCCCUCCCAACGACAUCACUGGAUCUGGACAUACUCGACGAGGAUCCAGUCCCCACAUUUGUGAUCCGAGUUGGGCAGCAUGCACUCGACUUUUCGUUUGCUUUCUGUAAUGAGGCUUUUCGCCGUGAAGGCCUCGUAGCAAAAGUGGAAGAGCAAAACCGGACAGCGAUCCUGUUUAGGUCCUGGGCGCAGGCUCUUGGAGACCACAAGCCGCAUCAUGUUUUUCAAGGAUGGAGAUGGUUCCCACAAGAAGCAGGAAAGCAUCGGACAUGGAAGAUCAUCAGAGCUGCGGAAAUCGUACCAAAAGAGAAGGUUGACGAAGACGUCACAACACCGGGCUUGGAGAAAGAGGCGGUUGUCACAUCGAACGUGAACAACUGGGGCCGGGUAUAUCAUUGCUCGAAAGACGAGAUCUUACGAGCCAUGAGAGUUAACAAGUCCGUCCUGGCAGACUCAUUGCCUCGCACCAAUUUGACUGCGCGCUGGGAGGGACUUCAGACUAUGAUGGAAAUGUCCGACGUUGGAGUCUUCGAGUAUAAUGCAGAGGGGAAAUUGAUCCACGCCAACGAGGCAUGGUACCGGUUAUCGUCACAUCCUAGAAACCUACCCGCUCAUGUGGAAUAUUCUUUCAUGGACCUGGUAUAUCCUGACGACCAGGCUCUUGUCAUGUCCAUGUGGAAUACACUGACUUCCGGGAAUCCAGUGACCUUCGAAAUGAGAUGGAAAGCUGCACGUGGUACAGGUGAUGCUGCACAGUGGGUCCUCUCGGCAUGUGUACCGGUCUUUGACGAUGAAGGGAUCUUGAUCAGUAUCGCUGGCAACACAAUCGACAUCAUGGCGCAGAAGAAGUCGCAGGAAGCUGCACAAGCACGUGUCGAGGCGCUUGAGCGAGCACGCAUAUCAGAGCAGAAGUUUGCAAGAUUUGCGACGCUUUCACCGAUCGCCAUCUACAUCUUCGUUCCUGAGAAGGGUAUGAACUAUGUCAAUGAUCAGUUCUUUGAGUUGACUGGACACUCACGUCGGCCUCUUGACGAGUUCGAGUGGUUCAGCUUAGUUGCGGACGAGGAUAUUAAGAAAGUCGAGGACGACUGGACGCAUAUGUUGGCAGGAGAAAAAUCUGACGGUGUACAAUUCCGCUUGAAGGAGACGUGGGUAAACCAGGACGGUAUCGUCUCGAACAUCUGGGUGCAAAGCUCGAAUUAUCCAGAGCUUGAUGAGAGCGGGAACGUCACAAGCAUCCUAGGUACCUUAUUUGACAUAUCACAAUUCAAGUGGGCAGAGACUGUACAAAGGCAGCGGACAGAGGAAGCGCUGGAAGCGAAACGACAACAAGAGAACUUCAUCGACAUGACAUCGCACGAGCUGCGUAACCCCCUAUCUGCGGUAGUACAAUGCGCCGACUCUGUCAUAGCAUCAUUGCAAGGACUGCCACUGCACGAUGGGAUAACCCCAAUCGACGACAUGGACUUCAAGAGAAUUAGAGACGAGGUCGUGACCAGUAUUGACUCCUUGCAAACCAUUGUUUCAUGUUCUCUGCACCAGAAGCGCGUCAUCGACGAUGUGCUCACGCUCUCAAAGCUGGACUCGAAUCUUAUACUCAUCACCCCAGUACGAGUCCAGUCCACUGUGGUCGUGUCGGAAGCUUUGAAGAUGUUCGAUGUAGAGUGCAGUCAGAUGGACAUCAAGCUCGAAUUUCGGAAAGACCCGACAUUUGAAGGGCACGACUGGGUUAUGCUGGAUCCGUCACGGCUGCUUCAGGUCUUGAUCAACCUCUUGACCAACGCGAUCAAAUUCACCAAGGAUCGGCCUGUCCGCGAGAUCACAGUCACACUUGGAGCAUCCCCGACACGCCCACCUAGAGUGUGGGAAUCUAUUACCUUCACUCACUCUGGCGAGCAACCGCAGAACCUCACUAGCCGACCUGAAUGGGGUAACGGCGAGCUCGCGUACCUUUGGCUCAAAGUACAAGACACGGGCUGUGGCAUGACAUACGACGAGCAGAACAAGCUAUUUUCGAGAUUCAGCCAAGCAACUCCCCGCACGCAUGUAAAGUACGGAGGUUCUGGUCUGGGCUUGUUCAUCUCGAAGUCCCUUACAACUCUCCAAGGCGGUGCCAUAGGCGUUACCUCUGACCCAGAUAUUGGUUCGACAUUCGCCUUCUUCGUCAGCACGCGAAAGGCGACGCCACCUGCUGGCCAGUCACUAAAUAUUCGACCAGGUGCACAAAGAACACAAUCUACAGAGGAAGCCAUGAGAAGAGUGAAGCUGAACAUUCUUAUCGUUGAAGACAACCUUGUAAAUCAGAAAGUACUUAAGAAGCAACUGGCGAAGUUCGGGUGGAACAUCAGCGUCGCAGGCGAUGGCCAGCAAGCUCUGGACUGGCUGAAGGGCAGUGUGUACUGGCGAGGCACACCGAAGAACGCACAUAACAAGAUUGGCAAAGAAGAGGAGGAAGGUUACUUUGCGACACCAGCCACAUACGAUAUCGAUCUCGUGCUGAUGGACAUCGAGAUGCCUGUGAUGGAUGGGCUCACUUGUGCUCAGAAAAUUCGCGAAUACGAGGCACAGGGUCUGCUGGCACCGCCAGCGGUGAGGCCGUCGAAUCUGUCGAGGCAGCUGACGGCAUCAUCUGCCAGCACGAUAUCGUCGUCCCAUGGACUCAGCUUGUCUCAACCUCCACCACUGGACUCACACACGAGGCUUCCCAUUCUUGCGGUCAGUGCGAAUGCACGCAUGGAGCAAGUGGAACAGGCUCUGACCGCUGGCAUGGAUUCUGCGAUUUCGAAACCGUUUCGAAUACCGGAACUGUGGCCAAAGAUAUCGACGCUUGUCAAAAGGAUUAGCGACGACAGUUCAGACGUGAAUCGAUGAGUGGGACCGUUGGCAUUUCUUGUGACCUGGGAUUGGUUGGUUGGUUGGCUGGUUGGUAUUCAUUUUACGUCUAGUUGAUGGGGAUGAAGUCCACCAUCUCGCCUCCCGAAGGGCAUAUAAGACGUGCUAAGCUAUAGGAUUACAGUGCUAGCACACUGCCUUAGAAAGCAUUUCUUGCCUGCGCAGUUAUUACUACUAUUUUAGAACUACAGCUCCUCUUCUAGUUAGGGAGGCUAAGCAGUGCGUGUAUAUCAGGACAAUUUCCUUGCAAUUUAAGGCAUACAUGUGCUAAGAGAGAGAGAAAGUUUAUGGGUAGGGGUAGGAGGGGGGCAGGAGGG